AUCAGGUACUGCAGUCAGACUGUUCUGUCUCCUCCCUCCUCCAAGUCUUUAUCAGAAUAAGUCAAUCAUAAUGGAAAGGAUACAGGACAUAAUGACCUUGAUCUGUCUGCUCUUUCUCCAACUACCAAAGUUUGAGAUGGCCAAUGGGACGGUCUUGGAGGAGACUUAUCGGAAGUGGGUCCAGUAUAAGGAUGACUGUAUGAAAAUGAUUGACACUGAGCCAUUCUCUCAAGCUGGCUUGUUCUGUAACAGGACAUUUGACAGAUACGCCUGCUGGCCAGAUACCCCUGCUGGCUUUAUAAUCAACAUUUCCUGUCCUUUCUACCUGCCCUGGUAUAGCAAAGUGGCUCAGGGUGUUGUCCGUAGGUGGUGUGGCACUAAUGGCAUCUGGAAGACAGAUGACAGUGGGGAAGUAUGGAGGGACAUGACACAGUGUGAGGAUGAAAAAGAGGCUACAGCUCAGGAGCUGUGGUUCAAACAACUGAUGGUGAGAUUCAGGAUCUUGUACACAGUUGGCUAUUCCUUAUCCCUCUUCACGCUCAUAACAGCACUUAUCAUUCUUCUAAGCUUUAGGAAGCUCCAUUGCACUAGGAACUACAUACAUGCUAACCUCUUCCUCUCCUUUAUCCUGCGAGCUGUAUCCGUCAUGGUUAAGGACACCAUGCUGGAACGCCACUGGGGACGGGAGAUCAUGAAGCACUCUGAUGUUAGUGAGAUGCUCAGUCACCAGGCUGCAAUUGGCUGCAGAAUAGCACAGACACUGAUGCAAUACUGUGUUCUGGCCAAUCACUACUGGUUCUUUGGAGAAGCUGUUUAUUUAUAUUCCGUGCUCAUUGCCUCAGUGUUCAUAGAUAAUGACAAACACUUACCUUACAUCUGCGUUUGCUGGGGAACUCCACUUCUAUUUGUGAUUCCCUGGGUAGUGAUGAAGAUAUUGAAAGAAAACAAAGAGUGUUGGGGGUUUAAUGAAAACAUGAACUACUGGUGGAUUAUUCGAUUUCCAAUUCUUUUUGCUUCAUUAAUCAACUUUCUGAUAUUCAUGAAGAUCUUGAAGGUCAUUUUUUCUAAACUGAGGGCCAACAACCAGAGUGGCUACCCUGAUUAUAAGCUUCGACUUGCCAAGGCAACCCUUACCCUCAUUCCCUUGUUUGGUGUCCACGAAAUCAUAUUCAUUUUUGCUACAGAUGAGCAGACGACAGGUGUUCUGCGCUACAUUAAGGUCUUCUUCACACUUUUUCUCAAUUCAUUCCAGGGAUUUAUUGUGGCUGUGCUGUACUGCUAUGCUAAUAAAGAGGUGAGGACAGAGGUGAAGAGGAAGUUACGCAGCUGGAUUACAGAAGCAGAAAUUGUGUGUUGUGGACAGUGACUAGCCGUGGCUGACUCUCGAGUAGAAACUUUAUCCAUUGCCACAGUCCCAGAGCGCAACAGAUCCUCUGCCACAAUAAGGCCUGAGGGUUCAUCUACUCCUGAGAGUUCACAGAC